AUGUCGAACCCAACAUCUGCAUCUUCUACCUCUCUCCCCGCCUCGACAGAAACGGCCGCAGACACAAUUGAACUACUGGAAUCACGAUUACGCAGGAUCGAGUACCUGCUGACGGGCGAGGCGAGCUGGACGGGCCAGCGGCCGCGGAUACCAACUGUAUCCGGUGCUUGCAGGAAACCAGCGACGACACGGCUGGCAGAGUUGGAGUAUGAAUUGAAUGGGUUGGCGAGAACAGUGCCAGCUGUGAGGGACGUUUUAGCGCUUUACUCCCGCUUUCCAGACCUUUUCCAAUCCAUCCCGGACACCACGUCGACCUCGACUUCCGCCAACCCCCAAUCCAUCCCAACAACCCUUCCCCUCCCCGCCCUAACCUCCAUAAUCCUCUCCUACGCCUCCGCCUUCCCUGAAACCGCCUCCCGCCUAACCUCUCUCAAAGACCUCCCUAUCCCACCCGCCGCCCUGUCCGCAUCCCUGAUAGAGCUACAACCGCGCCUUGACCGGCUAGCAGCCGUGCAGGAGCAGCAAGCGGCUGAGAUUGCAGAGCUGCGGGCGCGCAGUGCGUUGUUGGCGAAGCGGUGGGUGGAGGUUGGGGUUGUGGGGGGAAGUGAGGUUUGGGGAGAGUGGGAGGGGAGAGUGGAGAGGGUUGAGAAAGCGGUUAGGAGGUUGGAGGUUGAGGCGGAGAGGGGGAUUUAA